AAAAUAUACAACUGCAUUGAUAGUUUAAGUUUAGAGAAUGUAUAAAAUAUUCAGUAUUUGGAGAUUUUAUGACUAUCAGUUGUAAUAACACGAUUGUGUGGCCUGGAUUAAUCAAAAUUAAAUGUGCAUGAAGAGUGGAGAGAAAUCAUAAAGUCAUUUUCACAUGCAGAGAAAGUAUUCAGUGACAAAAAAUACAGUAAACAGACAUAAAUAUGUGUUGGUUAUUUAUGAUGUUACAAUGACCAAGAUAAAAUUGAAUUCAUAACGGUACAAUUAUACAUAGAAGACCGAGUGUCCAAGUACAUGUACUGUCAUUGAGAUCAGAUGGAGCUCUAUUUGGGUGCAGUAGCAAUAUUCACAAUCGCUAUAGUAACAGUAGCUAUAACAAUUUGGUUUCUAUGGAAACGCAGAAUGUGGUGUUUCAAGCAUAUGAAGAACAAUGAUAUGUUUGAUGCCUAUUUGAUUUAUGACAGCAAAGAUGGGAAAACUUCUAAAUGGGUGCUAGAGGAGUUUGUGAAAACAUUUGAAAAACAUUUUAAAUGGAAGCUGAAUGUUAACCUUCGAGAUACCAGAUUCAAAAAUGUCCAUGAUUUUGCCAAAACACACAUGACAAUCGUCAUAGUAACCCAAAUGAUGCUAGGACCUGCUGGGGAGUACAAUCUUAAGAUAUUCCAACAAGCCUUAGAAUAUUCCCGCAUGCAUCCUAACUACAGCAUCAUACCAAUUGUAUUAGACACUGAUGAGAUCAAAAUGACUGCAUACCCAAAGUGGCACCACCUGGGUGAAAUUAUGACAAUGUUUGGAUAUAUGAAGGGAUCAGAUGAAGAUAUUUGGAAUAGGUUGAAUGUCAUCUUAAAAACGAAACAAAAACUACUGUGUGACAUUUCAAAUGUUUGAUAUUAUUCAACACUCCUAAAUCAAUUCUAAUGUUUGUAUUUCGUAUAAGAAUAUCAUAGAGCAUGUUUGUAAAUCUAUAAACCAGAAACUAAAAUAAAUAAAUAUAUUUCAUAAUAAAUAUAAUAUAUAAUUCUCAGAUACACCUCCAAUUAGAUCCAUGUGGAUUCCAUCCAGAUCAACAUGGAAAAACUCUCCUAUUUCAAUGUGGAUUUCACGUGGGUUUCACGAGGAUUCCACGUGGAUCCUUGUGGCAUGGGUUCCACAUGGAUGUAGUUUGGGUGCGUAUAUAUAAUUACAAAUGCAAUUUUUCAGUAUGGAUGAGAAUAAUAUGAAUACUGCUUUUAAGUGUUUAUUUCUAUACAAUGCAUUUUGACAAGUUUAACUCCCACUUAAAUAACUAAAAGACAAACAUAAAUUCUUCAAAAUGAG